UUGUGGUUGCAGAUCACUAGUCUUGACCCCUUUCAGACUCCGGAGAGAAUAUUAAUUUCUAUGCUGUUAAAAAAACUUCUGAAAUCAAAUGAUGGCAAUGAUUCAGGCAGACUGUUCCAGAGCAGCAUUUCAUCAUGUGCAGCAAGUGUUCCUUAUCGGACAACGAAAAGUGUGGAUUCAAGUGACGAAAGCUUCUCUGAAUCUGAUGAUGAGAGCUGUCUGUGGAAACGAAAACGACAGAAAUGUUUCAGCUUUCCCCCUGCUAAAUCUGAGCCUUUUCAGCUUAGCCAGAGCCACGAAAAACAAACUGCUCUAGGUGGCAAGAAGGUCAACAACAUUUGGGGUGUGGUGCUCCAGGAGCAGAAUCAGGAUGCGGUGGCUACUGAACUUGGGAUUCUAGGUAUGGAUGGUAGUAUUGACAGAAGCAGGCAGUCUGAGACUUACAAUUAUUUAUUGGCUAAAAAGCUGAUGAAGGAAGCUCAGCAAAAGGAAGCAGAGACUUUAGAUAAAGAACUGGAUGAAUACAUGCAUGAUGACAAGAAAACAUUGCCAGCAGAAGAAGAAAAUGGGCAAGGCUUACUCAAACGGAAGCGACCUGUAAAAGAUAGACUGGGUGAAAGACAAGAAAUGAAAUAUAAAGGAAGGUAUGAGAUAACAGAAGAAGAUUCAGAGGAAAAAGUGGCAGAUGAAAUUGCUUAUCGACUUUGUGAGCCAAAGAAAGAUCUAAUUGCCCGAGUAGUGAAAAUAAUUGGGAAAAGAAAAGCUAUCGAACUGCUUAUGGAAACAGCUGAAGUGGAACAAAAUGGUGGACUCUUCAUAGUGAACGGCACUAGGAGAAGAACACCUGGGGGCGUUUAUUUAAACCUGCUGAAGAACACACCUAGCAUCAAAGAAGAACAAAUCAAGGAAAUAUUCUAUCUGGAAAACCAAAAGGAGUAUGAAAACAAAAAAGCUGCUAAGAAGAGGAGAAUACAAGUUCUAGGAAAGAAGAUGAAAAAAGCCAUUAAAGGGCUUAACCUGCAAGAAUACGAUGACGCAUCUCGUGAGACUUUCGCUAGCGAUACGAAUGAGGCUUUGGCUUCCCUGGAUGAUGUACAGGAGGGGCAUCAUGAAGCAAAGAUGGAACCUGAAGAUAUUAUUGAAAUUGAUAAUGCUCAUGAUUUGGAGAUCUUUUAGUUACUAAUGUUCUUGAUAACAAAGUCUCUAUAAAACAUAUUAAAUGAGCCUUUCUUAUAAUGCCAUGGCUUCUUGUUUUCAUCAGCUGCAGAAACAUGGGAAAUGUUUGAUGCUGAAGAACAUGACAUAAUUCUUAGCUAAAUUUAACAGCAUGAAAGAUGUUAAUUGUCCUAUUAUUUGUUUGCUGAGUCCUCAAAAACCGUUAAGAUUUUUCUAGAUAGCAGCUCUGCAUCACCAUGUUUGUUCCUUAGGAACUUCUUUUAGCCACCUGUUAGGUUUAGGAAUUAAGGCUAUGUUUUAACCAAAUAGAUCAUAUUUAAUUUGCUGAAGCUAACAAUGCUCCUCAUUACAGUUGAACAGAAAAAAACAGUAUAAAGUUAGUCUUGAUAUAAAAGAUAGUGUGUUCUUAAUAUGGCAGUGUGUUGACAAGAAUAGCAGUGUUUAUAGGAUUAAGACCUGUAAAAAUGGAUUGGUUUGUGAAAUAAACUGAAUUUUAAUGGUCA